AGGUUUCUUUGUUACUUAGCAUCAUCGCUGUCCAAUGGAGCUCCUGUAUCAGCUCGUGCCGAUUUGAUACCUCGACACUCAGGGGUCCAGCCACAGCCUUUUCCUAUUCCAUACACCAUUGAUUUCAAGAGGAACUUGGAUGCAAAUGUGCAGACCUUCACGGUUGUAAUUUUGGGUCCAGAUUAUAAGGGUCUGCUUCUAGAAGCUCUCAUGCCUAAUAGUAACAUUGCUCUGGGGAAGUGGCAGACUCCUCCUCCCAACACAAAAUACUUAAAGUGUUCUGGAAAUGAGCAAGAUGCUAUUACGCACUCAAACACCCAGAUCAAAAAUAACUCAACUACAUAUUCAUGGAUUCCUCCUUCUCCCAUGCCUCCUGCCAUUCAGUUCAUGGCUACUGUAGCACAAUCCCGUAUUGUAUACUGGCUGAAUGUGAAGUCCAGAGUGAUAACCACAGUCACAUCAAGUCCAGAAAAUACUGGGACAAUCUGCAGUGCCGACAAUUUGAUCAUUAUCUUUAUUGCUCUUCUGCUCAACUUCCUAAGCUACAUUUAAGAAAAUCAGAAGAGUAAUGAAUUUUUCCAGGGAAAAGUGUUGUGAUGAAACUGACUACUACAUAGCUUU